UCGUUCUAUGGUUCCGCAUAUAAUUAGCCUUCUAUCCCUAGUUUCUAAUAGAUAAGUUUAUGGAGUGUCCCUUUUCGGUUUUUUUCCGGCUUUCUCUAGAGUUGGUUGAUGUGGUUUUGCAUUUAUGGCCGCCUCUCCCUUAUCGCUCAUAGUAUAUCUAUUGUUCUUAUCUCCGAUCCUAGCUCUCUCCAAAUUCCAUUAGAUCGUUUUUAUGGAUCUAUCUUUUGAGCAUGGAUUUACCCUGCAUCUGCUCGGAGAUUGCUCUGGGGUUGCAGUUCCUUCAUAGCUCAGCUAGUUCAGUUCUCUCUUUUUCCCAGAUCUGCGAAUGUUGGAGCUCCUUGAGCUCGGUGGUGAAAUCCAAGAUUUUACGACUGGUGAAGAUCUCUUUGCCUCGCCUCUCUUGUUCUUUGUUUGGUUGGAGGUGACGAGCAGCAGAGAUUGUGGGACAGUUGGUGAUUGACCUCUCCAUAGAUUAAUCUGUUCGUUGAGCAUGCUGAGCUGCCUAUAUCCGGAAGAUUUGGCGCCUUCUAGCAUGAUAUGAUGAUAUGUACUGAUGGUUCGGAGAUGGCUUCGUGAAUAUUGUUAGGCCACAAAAGGGUGGGUGUUGUUCAUAUUAUGUGUGAUCUGUUCCAUUAUGAUUGUUGUGUGUGAUUUUUAGAUGCCGUGCGAGGUAAUACGAUAUAAGUAGGAAGAUGAUGGUUGGAAGCUGAAAGGCUGAGGAGAUGUUUGGUUAAUUGAUGUUUACUAGCCUGCUUGUUGUCGCCCGACCUUUGCCAUGGCAGGUGCGCUUGCAUGGCAGGUCAAAAACGUCAAUAAAAUUAUUUUUUUUUUGGGUUUUUGAGGGGGAAGAUGGCACGGGGUAUGGUUUAUUAUUUUGCCCGGCUCUUCCCCCUCUUGUGCGUUUCUGGUCUUGCCUCUGUGUCUCUCUAUCUCUCUCCCUCUCUCUCCUCUCUCUUAGAUGGUUUACCGAACAAACAUCCUUCGCCACCAAGGCUAACUGGCAACAAGAAUGCAGGAAUCAAGAUUGUCCUUCCCGAACUCGACCACUUGAGCGAAUCAACUCCAGGUGCUUUGAUUGCACCUACGUUGGGACUGUUAGUUCUUGAUGAGUUGCGUCAAAUUUGCUGGGGUCUGCUUUCUUUGGAUGCAAUUAGAGUUGCUUCUUGUGCGUUGAAGGUGUUACCUGGGCCUUUACUUUGUGGAGCUUGUUGUGAACAAACUGUUCAAAGAUGCAGGAAGUCUGUUGUGUCAUAUCCUUGGUCGGUGAUCUGCCAUUACAAGUUCUCAAGGCCUGUUUCUGUCAUGUUCUGUAUCCCUGAUCUACAUUUUUAUUUUUGGAAAAAUUUCUGGAGGGUCCAUGAUGUAUCUUUUGGCAGUGGUUUUAUUUUUUGUACUAGCAUCAGUUGGCUACUGUUCUCCUCCAUUUCUGAGUUGUGGAAGCACUCAUAAAGCAAAAAGGCAUGCUGCUAAUGCUGUUGGCGUAUCUAGUGUACAUAUAUGCUCUCGAGGAGGCGUUGAGUGUACCUUUCAUCUAUGUUGUCUAUGGAGUGGUAGAUAUUAUAUUUGAUGUCAAAUUGUCGCAGUACGUGUUGUACAUGGCUUAUUGUAGAAAUUUUUUUUUAUAUAAUUACUUCUGUUGAUCUUUUUAUGUAGAAUUAACUUUGUUGGUGGUUAUUUGGAGAGGAUGUAUGAUUUUUUUCCCCUCUCGUCUCGAGGUUACAUUUGCCAUUAUGUAAUUUGGUUUCUAUAAUUUUAGAAAAUAACUUCUUGUUC